GGAGGGCGGGGGGCGGGAGUGAGGAUGGGCGGGAGUGGGGGCGCCGGGCCGCCGCCUCCGGUUCAGCUGCAGCGCGGCGCAGCCGGGACCACGCCUGGCCGCAUCCCCCGUACCGUUACGCUCAGAGCCCGGCCCUGUCAACGCCGCCCCCGCUCGCCACCAGCCGGGGCUAGAGGGAGGGCACCUGAAAAUAGACCCUUGCGUCUGCCCACUCCGCAACCACCCCCGCGCAGCGGCCCCCGGCUGGAGGGAAGAGGUGGCGGAGGGAGAAACGAGGAAUCGGCCCCGAUACGUCCGGGGAUGAGGCUAGGCGGCCGCGGGUUGCACCGCGGCUGUGCAGCCACCUCACUGAGAAGACCGCCGACCCCCGCCCCGCACCGCCGGCGUACUCAGAAGCACUGGGGACCUGGCUCCCCGCGCCGCCCCCGCCCAGGUUCUGCAGCUUCCCUGCCCCCACGCCGGUCCCCGGGCGUAGGGCAGCGGCGGGGCAGCGGCGUCCUCCCGGCCUGGGCCCGCGCCCCUCCUCCCACCGCCCCGGAGCCAGCCCGGGAGGCAGCCCCAGUUCUGCCUGGCCUGAUGAAGAGCGAUGGUGACGAACCUGGGUGAUGGAAGGAGGACGGUUGUUGCUCGGCGAAGUCAACAUCUUCGUCCUUCAUGAGUGAUUUUUCACCCUUUCCCUCGCGGUAGCUGUAAUAGACCCCACAAGUGGUUCGUGCAACUCUUGCCUCCCUCGCCUAACGCCCCAACGCUCACUUUAGCCUGGUUCGGGUGCCCCUUCCCGAGGCGCUCCCGGGGAGUGGGGGCGGCCCCGGUGCACUGGCGACCCCGCGAUGGCGGGAGGGCUGAGUUCUCCCCUUACCCACAUACCGUGAGACUGACACCGGACGUUUCCUCGAGAUUUCGGCGAGUGUGCGAGCAGGUUCUCAACCAGUUUGCUCACCCUGCCAAUCCCUCAGGCUAUGUAGAAAUUCUGGAACCGCCACUAUUGAAGAGAAAAGAUGGUGUCAUCACCAGGACCACAAAUAGAAACGCUCUUCAGAAAACAGUCUGGAGAAACUGACUUUCUGCCUGCUCUGUAAGUGCCCAAGGCGGCAGUGUAGCCUUCCGAGGGAAGAUGUCUUUCUCCGUUGUUUGUUUUUAAAGCCUUAAGGCUUUUCUCCUGAAGAUAUGACCCUCAAACCCUAAA